AUGGCUAUUGCCGCCAUCAAAUGCGCCAAAUGCGGUGUCAAGUUGGGCACCGUCGACAAUCUCUGGAUCCAGCUCGGCGACAAGUACCUUGCUCAAGUCUCCGACGUCAACGACCAUCCGGAUCUCGAGACAAGGUCCAGGGCCAUGCGGAUGGGAGAGGCCGACACCAUUCUGAAGGGCUGCAAACUUCAAGACAUUGCAUGCUCCUCGUGUAGUGCAUUGCUUGGUACACGAUGUGUGAAGAGUCCCUCUAACCACGUUCUUUACGAUGGACAAUACAUCUUCCUCGUCAAAUCAGUCGCUAUCAAGUCGACUGUCGAUGGGCGCCGCAGGGUUGAGCCUAAAAUCCGGCACUCUCUUUCAUGGACGGUUGACACCACUACGGCAGACGCAGACGUGCCCGGUUCUCCGUCGGCUAGCGACCAAUCUUCCCCGGCUAGCGAUCAAUCUUCUCCAAUCAGGGACCCAUCUUCUACGGUUAGAGAUCAAUCUCCACCUGGGGAUCAAUCAUCCCCCCCUAGGGACCCAUCUCCUCCACCUGCGGAUCAACCCUCCGAACCCUCUUCGCACCAAAAGCCCCAGACAGAGGCAUCAGCCCUCGAAACUGCCGACGAUACGCAGCGUGAGUUUGUACUAGACUCCGAGGUGGCAUCCGCCUUUCGAUCUGUCCUGUCGUACUUCGAGCGGGAACUCGAUAAAGUUCACGGGGACAUUCGCGCCGUACGCCGUGUUGGAGAGAAGCAGCGGAAGAAACAGGAUGCUGCUGUUCAGGAUGAACUGUCCAAGACUAAGGCAGAACUCGACGAAUUAAAGGAGGGAAACUUGCGUCUCAGGGAGGAACUGGUAAAGACGAGGCAGAUUGCGAGGGAGGCUGGUGAAACAGCCAAAGAACUUGCAUCGGAGCUUUCCUUGUUGAAAGGAGAUAUCGGACAGCUGAGGACUGAUCUAGACCGCCGCAACGUCUUUCAGUUCGCUGGAAGAACUCACAUGAAACGAUCAUCGUUGUUGAGGGAUGGUGACGACGAUUCUACCAGCAACCCCCCGAAACGCGUAGCCAUAACACCGGAAUUCGCCAGCUCAGGCGGUUCACAACACUCUUCCCCCACAGCUAGUGCGAUUAAGAGAAAUGGACUUUUGAGCCGCCCAGCCCGACGGUCCUCGGGGAUAUUCGGAGAAACAAAGGUCGAAGAUGAAGAAGCAAAGAAAGAUGAAGAAGCAACGGAGGCCAAGGACAAUUGA